ACAGGCGCAGUAAUUGUGCAAACACGAAGAGCCGCGCUCCUGAGACGAUUCGGACUCGUUCAUUUCGGAGAUAAUAUCGAAGCUCUCGAAAUGGUCGCUAAGCGGGGUUUUCCCUUCGAGGACUCCCAACAAGGUCAAUACAAAAUACACGUUACUGAGAAGGUCUACAAUUCUACGGAGCAGAGAAUCUCGUCGGUUUACGAACGAACGCUUUCGAAAUUGAUGACUGGAUCCCGGGACUUUUUCCGAACCCAGCGAGGGACAUGCCCAGCAUCGGGGAAUUCCCCGGCAGAAUUGAAAGAGUGCAUCUCCUGCCGCAGAGAAGAGCUUUGCUCAGCUAAAUGCGAUUUCUGUGACGUUGCCGUAUGUGAUAACUGCGCGAGAAUCUGUCACAGCUGUGAGAACGUCUUCUGCCACAUGUGCUCUAUCGUCAGUUACGGCGAGCGCGACAACACAGCAAUCUGUUUUUCGUGUAAAUGACGAAUGAUGUGUGUGAUUCCAAUGGUCAAAAUUCAGAGCUCAGCAAGAUACCCGCCAUGAAACGAUCUCUUCUGUCAGUUGCACUGUCGUUUGUUUGUAUAUAAGCUCAAUUGUUAUUGCCUCGAAGUAUUCUAGAUCAAUCAAGAAUCGAUCAACAUGAUCACAGAAGGCUUAGAGAAAUGGUAGAUUUUUUGGAAGAAUAAAGUCAAAAUUCUU